GGGUGCGCAGGGUUCACAGAGUGAGAGCGAGAUGGUAGUUUUGGGGUGAAAAGCCAAUUUUUUCCGCUACCAGCCGUUCUCAGGUCCCUGGCACGGGGGUCCCCGGCAGCGGGGGGUCCCUCUCCCCGUUGUGUGUCGCGGGGCCGGGGGAGGAGGACCCGGCGUUAUUCCAGCCCAGGGGGAGGUUGCACAACGCGGCCCCGGGGGAGAGCGAGGCGGGUUCGGGCUGCGCUCAGCGUUUGGCUCCUGCUCCCCUUCACUCUUCCAUAACCUUCCUCCGGCGUUCGUUCAGCGCUUCGCUACCCCGGAGCUAUUCGGGAUUUAGCUCCCCGGAGGAGGAGGCGGCUUUAGAGGAUGUCGACCUACAAGCGGGCGACGCUGGAUGAUGAAGACCCCCUGGAUUCCAUCGGCGAAGGCGAUGGGUACCCCAACGGCUUCCAGGUGAAUUUCCGCGGGUCGCGGAGCAGCGCCGGGUGCUGGGCUGAGUGGACGCGGGCGGAGAAGCGGCUGUUGGUGCUGGUGGGGGUGCUGGCGGGGGUGCUGGUGGCCUGUCUGCUGGGGCUGCUCUUCCAGUACAGAGCACGGCCACCUGCCGUGUGCCUGUCAGAAUCCUGCAUCUCCGUCACCAGCUCCAUCCUCAGCUCGCUGGACCGGGCGGUGAAUCCCUGCGAGGACUUUUUUGGCUAUGCCUGCGGGGGCUGGAUCAAGGCCAACCCCCUCCCUGAUGGCCACUCGCGCUGGGGCACCUUCAACAACCUCUGGGAGCACAACCAGGCCAUCAUGAAGCAUCUCCUGGAAAACACCACGGCCAAUGUGUCGAGCGAGGCAGAGCGCAAGGCGCAGCGGUAUUACCAAGCCUGCAUGAACGAGAGCAAGAUUGAGGAGCUGCGCGCCACCCCGCUCGUGGAGCUCAUCCAAAAGCUGGGUGGCUGGAACAUCACAGGUCCCUGGGCUGGUGACAACUUCAACGCGACGCUGCGGGAGGUGACAGCACAUUACCGCACCUCGCCCUUCUUCUCCGUCUAUGUCAGCGCCGACUCCAAAAACUCCAACAGCAACGUCAUCCAGGUGGAUCAGUCAGGGCUGGGCCUGCCCUCGCGGGAUUAUUACCUGAACAAGACAGAGAACGAGAAGGUGCUUGCUGGGUACCUGAACUACAUGGUGCAGCUGGGAAUGUUCCUGGGAGGCACCGAUGAGGAGUCGACGCGACAGCAGAUGCAGCAGAUCUUGGAUUUUGAGACGGCGUUGGCCAACAUCACCAUCCCGCAGGAGAAGCACCGGGACGAGGAGGUCAUCUACCAUAAAAUGACUGCUGGAGACCUGAAGGAGCUGGCACCAGCUGUGGACUGGAUGCCCUUCCUCUCCACGGUCUUCUACCCCGUGGAGCUCAAUGAGUCAGAGCCUGUCGUGGUCUACGCCAAGGAGUACCUGGAGCAGGUCUCAGAUCUCAUCCUGGCCACCGAUAAAUGCCUCCUCAACAACUAUAUGAUCUGGAACCUGGUGCGGAAAACCAGCCCCUUCCUCGACCAGCGCUUCCAGGAUGCUGAGGAAAAAUUCAUGGAAGUGAUGUACGGGACGAAGAAGACCUGCCUCCCGCGUUGGAAGUUCUGCAUCAGCGACACGGACAACAACCUGGGCUUCGCGCUGGGGGCCAUGUUUGUCAAGGCCACCUUCGCCGAGGACAGCAAGCAGGUGGCAGAGGAAAUGAUUGCGGAGAUUAAAACAGCUUUCAAGGAAAGCCUGGAGACUCUGCAGUGGAUGGAUGAGGAGACGAGGAAAUCGGCCAAAGAGAAGGCAGAUGCCAUCUACAACAUGAUCGGUUACCCCAAGUUCAUCAUGGACCCCAAGGAACUGGAUAAAGUCUUUAACGAUUACGAGGCCACGUCCGACCUCUAUUUUGAGAACGUCAUGCAGUUCUACAACUUCUCGGCCAGGGUCACCGCCGACCAGCUCCGCAAACCGCCAAACCGGGACCAGUGGAGCAUGACUCCUCCAACGGUCAAUGCCUACUACUCUCCCACCAAGAACGAGAUUGUCUUCCCCGCCGGCAUCCUCCAGGCCCCUUUUUACACCCGUGCGUCUCCCAAGUCGCUGAAUUUUGGUGGGAUUGGCGUGGUGGUGGGCCACGAGUUGACGCACGCCUUUGAUGACCAAGGACGGGAAUACGACAAGGACGGCAACCUGCGGCCCUGGUGGAAGAACUCCUCGGUGGAGGCCUUCAAGCGGCAGACGGAGUGUAUGGUGGAGCAGUACGGCAACUACACGGUCAAUGGCGAGGCCAUCAACGGCAAGCACACCCUUGGGGAGAACAUCGCCGACAACGGGGGCCUCAAAGCCGCCUACCGGGCGUAUCAAAACUGGCUGAAGAAGAAUGGCGCGGAGGAAACGCUGCCAACCCUCGGCCUCACCAACCACCAGCUCUUCUUCGUCGGCUUCGCCCAGGUGUGGUGCUCAGUUCGCACGCCGGAGAGCUCGCACGAGGGACUCAUCACCGACCCCCACAGCCCCUCGCGUUUCCGCGUCAUCGGCACCGUCUCCAACUCCCGGGAGUUCGCGGAGCAUUUUGGCUGCCCCCUCGGCUCCCCCAUGAACCCCCCCAAAAAAUGCGAAGUCUGGUGACGGGCGAGCGCCCAAGGGAACCGGCUGCCGGUUGUUUUGCCCUCCGCCGAUGGCUGAAUUUCCCUGCUCAUUUCAAGAGUCUCAAACCACUUCUCCGUGCAACAAACUGCCCAGAUCUCAGCUGGAGCGUCCCAAAUAUCGUCCGAGGUUCGAUCCACUGUGAAAACGCCUCAUCUUCCCGCUCGUUUGUGAAACGGCUUCGAUUUGGGGGUCUCUUCUUUCCCACCACUUGCAUCUAUGGGCACUGUCCCGAAUUCACAAAUGCAAAGCAGCAGCCUGACCCCCGCCCUGGCAAAAUGCCUCUUUUUCGGAGGCGAUAAAGGGAACGCCGGGACACUGGGGGGUUUGGCUGCGCAUUUUAAUACACCCGGCAUAGCCUCCUCUCUCCAAAGAUGCGCACAUGAGGAUAGCAAAUAUUUUAAGAUAUAUUUUUUUUUUCAGGGGGAGGGGGGGAAAUAUAUAUAUUUUUCAUGUGUUGUGGAAUACACUGGAAAAUUUCAGGGAAAAUGCAUUUAAAAGCUUUUUUUUUUUUAGUUGAAGAUUAGUAUAUUUAUUGUUAAUUCUGUUUUUUACUCAGUGCAGCUGUAGGUGCAGCAUCCUGUGGUGACAGUCCCGUGGCUCAGGAGCUGGAUCCCGGGUUUCUCCGGGAGGGACCGUCCUUGGAGGGGAAAUUGGGGACAACAGGGACAUUUGGGACAGGGCUGGAGGAUGCUGCAGGGCCCGGAAAGGCUGCGACUCCUGGGAUUAGCUUUAAUUUCGGGGCGCAAAGGGAAAAGUUGACGUGCCAAAGAUAUCACUGAGGCGGUGACGGUGUGGAAGAAGCACCCGGUUGUCCCUCCUGUCUCCUCUGAAGUGAUUUUGGCCACAGUUUUCCAGCAAAAAGCUUCCCCAGACAAGCGCAGGCGGUUCCUGCCGCAGCUUCGCUCACCACUGUACCUGGCCCGGGAAACUGCAAACCCCAAAAUCGCCACGCGGCCCCAAACCUCCGUCCCUCUGGUGCGAGAUCAGGCCGGGAUGGGGGCGAGGGCCUUUCUUAAAGGUUCUUAUGUUUUUAAUCUUCCUUUUGCCGUUCUGAGAGGAAAGCACUGACGGUAGCUCAGGCGCUGCGUGUUGUCCCGUGCGGCGCCUUCUUGCUCUAGACAGAAAGCAAAGAUGUAAAGGGAUUUUUAAUAUUUAUAUGUAAAAGGCGGGAUGGGGCGGGCGGGGGGGUUUUGUAAUUAUUUUUUCACCCUACACGUGGGGCUUAUCGUCAUUGAAAUAAAUACUUUUUACUGGGUCUGGAA